AAAACUUUAAAAGUUUGUUGAAUCUUAACUUUAUUUCAAAUAUUACCAAAAUUUAUACAAAACGUAAUCGAUUUGCCGUAAAAUUGUUAUGUCAAUUAAGCGAUAGGAUUUUGAUCCUUUUCAAUCUAUCUUUAGUCGAACUUACGAUUCUAUCGUGGGAGCUAAGAUUUCACAAGCCAUGAUUUCUAAACUUUUAUUAAACAAAUUUUGAUUGUCGGAUUAUACCAAUGUAAAACUCAUCAGCUUACAAAACGUAAACAAAUUAGCUAGUUGGUUGUUUCAACCGAACAACAAAACUAUAGCUUCGUGCGAUUUGUUGAGUCGGAACUAUGAGCGAAGCCGGAAGCAGCGAUUCUUUUACGAGGAAGCAGAGUUUGAAACGGGUUCAUUCCAAAGGCGGCACAAAUCGAAUAGAUCUGAAAGAUGACGAGGAGAACUUAAUAGACAGCGAAUCUGACGACAGUGAACUACUUCGGAAGGUGAAUGAAGAAGCCGAGUUUUCAUACGAGAAGCAAUCCUACUUUGCGGUGUUUCAGUUCGCCACAACAUGGGACGUGAUCAUGUUUGCCCUCGGAAUGGCAUGUUCUAUUAUCCAAGGUGUUCUUCGACCCAUGUCUGCAAUUCUCUUCGGCAACAUCACAGGCCAGUUUACAAAUGUCACUGUCAGCUCUACUCAUACAGCCUCCACUCCAAGUCCAGCUGGAAUCAUCAACCCCUCCCCCUGGUUAACAUCGGGGGGACUACUCGUGGGGGACUCAAUUGACUCUGCACUACAACAGUGGGAAAAUGACAUGAUUGAAAACUGUGUCAAGCUUUCUAUCUUGGGCGCCAUUUCGGUUGUGUGUGGGUACUUUCAGGUCACUUUAGUGACGAUGGCGGGACAGAAUAUUGUGCACCGGUUGAAACAGAAGUCGUUCAAAGCUGUGCUGCGUCAGAACACUGCCUGGUUCGACCAGCAGCAGAGUGGACAGUUGCAGAACAGACUGGUGGAGGAUUUGGAGAAGGUACGACUGGGAGUGAGCGACAAGAUAGCACUAUCAGUCCAGAACCUCGCCUCAUUCGUGUCCGGAAUAUCCAUCGGUUUCUACUACAGCUGGAAGUUAGCUGCAGUCAUUUGCUCUCUCUUGCCUCUCAUGGCCAUGGCUGGGUCCGCCACCAGCUAUUUCGUAAGUGGCCGACAGUCCAAAGAGCAGAAGAACUACGCCGAGGCGUCCGGAAUAGCCGAGGAGACCAUUUCGUCCAUGCGAACAGUUGCAGCAUUCUGCAAACAGCCAUACCACUUGGAAAAAUACGCAGAGAAGUUGAGAGUCACCAAGUUAAUCGGCAUUAAGAAGUCCAUUUUUUUCGGAGUGUCUCUUGGAAGUGUGUAUGUGGUUAUGUUUGGCUCUUACGCCCUGGCCUUUUGGUACGGACCUCGGCUGAUUGCAGACGGCGAGUUGAAUGCAACAGAGAUGAUGACAGCUUUCUUCAGUAUUUUGACAGGCGCCAUGUCUAUUGGAAAUGCGUUCCCAGGUUUGAACGAUAUUGCAAUGUGCAAAGGAGCCGCUGCUUUUUUGAUUGCGGUCAACAAACGGAAGCCUCCCAUCGAUUGUUUUGACGAGUCUGGGCUGACACCUUCAUCAGUGAAAGGGAAGAUCUCGUUUCGCGACAUCGACUUUUGGUACCCCACUCGACCCGAUGUACAGGUGCUCAAGAAAGUGUCUUUUGAUGUGAACCAGGGCGAAACUGUGGCUUUAGUGGGUCAUUCUGGGUGUGGGAAGAGCACAUGUGUUUCUAUGGUUCAGCGCUUUUACAAUCCCACUGAAGGUGAGGUUACAUUAGAUGGAAUUAAUGUGAAAUCUAUGAACAUACAAUGGCUGAGACGUCAAAUUGGACUCGUGAGUCAGGAGCCGGUUCUGUUCGGGUACACGAUCGCCGAAAACAUCCAGUUCGGAAAAGAGGGUGCUACUCGGGAAGAGGUGGAGGAGGCGGCGAAGAUGGCCAAUGCGCACGAGUUCAUAGUGGGCUUUGAGAAGGGAUACGACACCGACGUCGGGGAGAGGGGAACCCAGUUGUCGGGGGGACAGAAACAGAGAAUCGCAAUCGCCAGAGCGCUAAUACGAAAUCCCUCAAUUCUGCUGCUGGACGAAGCGACAUCUGCGCUGGAUACAGAAAGCGAGAAAGUAGUACAAGAUGCCCUGAACAAGGCGAGUAAAGGUCGCACCACGAUAGUGAUUGCCCAUCGACUGUCCACGAUCAAGAACGCCACCAAAAUUAUAGCCUUCGACAGCGGUGAGAUCAAAGAGGAGGGUGACCAUGAUUCCCUUAUGGCCCUGGAUGGAGUGUAUGCUGGUCUAGUUAGAAAACAGAAUCUGCGAUCUAUGGAAACUACUGAGGAUGAGAAGAAUCAAGCUAUGGCGCACUCGGCAGCCUACAACAGACAGAACUCCUACAAGACUAGCCAGAAGCUGGGUCGAAUCUCCAGAAUGUCGGUUACCUCAGUACGCAGUGACGAAGAAGCACUCAUUGACAACGAGGUUGAAGAAGUCUCGAAGAAGCCAGGCUUCGGAGCCCUGAUGAAACUGAACGCACCCGAAUGGUAUUGGAUAAUCCUGGCGAUUAUUGCGGCGACAAUGGUCAGUGGUUCGUUUCCCACCUUCGCCAUUUAUUUUGGAGAAAUGAUUGCCGUACUCUCAGAGCCGACUGAUCAAAUGGUUGACGAUGCGGUAUUUUGGAGCUGCAUGUUUUUGGUCCUGGGCGGAACCAUUGGGAUUGGAUUUGCUCUUGAGAUGCUGUUUUUGUCCAUUUCGGGUGAAAAUUUGACGGAGCGAUUACGUUAUACAGUGUUUGAGUCAAUUCUGGAACAGGAUAUUGAAUACUUCGAUCGUCCUGAUAAUUCAACGGGAGCGUUGACAGCGAAAUUGUCCAAAGAUGCUUCAUUGAUUCAAGGUGCAACUGGUGUUCGUCUGAAGAGUGUGUUUGAAGCCAUGGCAGGUAUGGUCAUUGGACUGACCAUAGCUUUCUACUUUGGGUGGCAACUGGCUCUCCUUAUCCUGGCAGCCGUGCCUCUCAUAAUGUUCACUGGCACAGUGCAGGGCAAGAUAUCCACCGGGUACCAGGUGCAGGACAGCAGCAACACCCAGAAGGGCGGGAAGUUGAUCGUAGAGUCCAUUUCUAACAUCAGAACUGUACACGCUUUCGGACUGGAGAGGCAGUUCAUUGACGACUUCAACGCCAUUAUAGACCCCCUGCACAAAAAGGACAUCAAACUGUCACAUGUGUACGGUGUCACUAAUGGCCUCGGCUUCAGUUUGCAAUACUUCAUAUACGCCGCUGCUUUUCGUCUCGCCACUGAGCUGAUUGUGAAUGGAAAACUAGAAGAACCAGCGGAUGCAUUCAAGGUCAUUUUCGCCCUACUUUUUGCCGCUUUCGGUGUCGGUCAAAGUACGGCGUUUUUGCCCGACUUCGCGAAAGCGCAGGUAGCCGCGCAGAAUAUCUCGACGCAGCUGGGCUUGCAGCCUGUGAUUGGGGGCGACAGUCGAAGUACUAAGGAUGCGAGGGGUCUCAAAGGCAACAUUAAGUUCGACAACAUUCAUUUCUUCUAUCCUGAGCGGAAGAACCAAAAGAUUCUCAACGGUCUCAGUCUCGAGGUCAAAAGUGGGCAAAAAGUGGCUCUUGUGGGCUACAGUGGGUGUGGCAAGAGCACCCUGAUGCAGUUGGUGAUGCGCUUCUAUGACCCAACUAUGGGCCGAGUGACCAUAGACGGAGAAGACAUAAGAAACUUCGACACCACCAGUAUCAGGUCCAUCAUGGCCAUUGUGAGCCAGGAACCGACGCUGUUCCAGGGAUCCAUUUUUGAUAACAUUGCAUAUGGCCUAGAGGAUAGUACAACUGCAACCCACGCUCAAGUUCAAAAGGCUGCCGAGCAAGCGAACGUGGCGAAAUUCAUCAACGAACUUCCGGAAGGAUAUGAAACGCAAGUUGGCGAGAAGGGUGUGCAGCUUUCGGGAGGCCAGAAACAACGACUUGCCAUCGCACGAGCUCUGAUGCGGCAACCGAAGAUACUUCUGCUGGACGAAGCGACGUCGGCUCUAGAUACUCAGAGUGAAAAAUUAGUACAGGAGGCUUUAGAUCGAGCCCAAGAGGGACGUACAUGUUUAGUGAUUGCACAUAGAUUGUCGACAAUCCAGGGUUGCGACCAGAUAGCGGUGGUCGACUUUGGGAAGAUCCAGGAGCUGGGAACCCACGACCAGUUGCUCGCCCAGCGGGGAAUCUACGCCGCCUUGUGCAACCAGCAAAAUUUACAGAAGAAAUGAAGGACUUGUUACUAAAAAAUUCGAAUCGGUUCAUUUCUCUUGACCAUUUGAAUCUCUCUAACUAUUUCCCCCUACUGCUAAUAGUUCGCUACUUCUACAACAACCACUACAAAUGAG